AACAUCUCAGACAUCGAUCCAUUCAUUUGCUCGCAUAUUAUCGUCGGCUUCGCAACCGUUGAUCCCAAAGACAUUAUGGUUCCCAAAGACGAGGCCGAAGACCCCGACCGAUAUCGGGAGUUAACUAAACUGAAGACAAUUAACCGCAAACUUAAAGUAAUGCUUUCGGUGGGCGACGGAAAAGAGUCAAAAUACUUCUCAAAAAUGGUGGCCAACGAUAAUAGUCGGGACAACUUUGUGGCCUCAGUGCUCGAUAUGUGUGAUAUGUUUGGUUUUGAUGGCAUUGACAUCGAUUGGGAAUUUCCGCACUUUAAGACCGGCACCAAAGAAGACAAACAAAAUUUUAUACUUCUCUUAAAAGAAUUAAGAGCCGAAGGUAUCCGAAGAUUUAGAGAUGAUUUCAUUAUCUCGGCGACGGUCGGGACACCUCUAGUGAUCGCAAUGGCCUCCUAUGAUAUACCGUUGAUUGCCGAAGUUGUAGAUUUUGUAAAUUUAAUGUCAUAUGACUUCAAUAUAUACCGAUCGGAUCGGCCCUAUACUGGACAUCAUUCACCGCUAUAUCCGCGGCCAACAGAGAAAGGCUAUUACUUAACGUUAAAUGCUGCGUGGGCGGCGACCUAUUGGGCUAAUAAAGGGAUGCCAUUACAUAAGAUUAUAUUAGGAGUGCCGACGUAUGCGCGCACCUAUAAUCUAGUGGUUCCCGUAUCGCAGGGACUCGAUGUGCCCGUCACUGGACCCGGCAUUGGCGGCGGAAGACUAAACUACACAAGUGUUUGCAAUUUCCUGUCGUCGGGUGCGACCAAAGAGUUUGAUGUGUACAGUCAGGUGCCCUUCGCUUAUAAGAAUUUUGAUUGGAUUGCAUACGAGAGCGAUGUUUCGGCGGCGUUGAAGGCCCAGUGGGUGGUGAAGGCGGGAAUGGGAGGCGUUAUGACUUUCGCCCUUAAUUAUGACGAUACCAAAGCUGCAAAUUCGUUGACCAUUUGUGAUCAACUUGUGGCCAAAAGUUCCGGCCGUUUGGGACUCAAGAGCCACAGUCUUGAGAGCACUUCUCACAUAUUGUUCAGGAGUUGGUAUAAAGAGUGA